AUUGGCGAAACAUGAUAAGAAACUGAAUUUUAGAAUAUGUCGCAAGCGUAUACUUUCUCACGUCGCGGCUUCGUCACUCACCAAUUAACUUAGUUUGCUUGCCAUAGUCGGACGGAAUAUAAAGGACUGAUCACUCAACUGAGUCUCUUAUCGCUGCAUCUGCUGGUUACAGUGCUUUUUUGAAUGCACAUUUCAUGUGUCAUCUUCUCCUUGAUCUGGCGAUGCUCCGACAGAAGAUGGGAUGGGGCAUUGAGUCAACCGAAGAGUGUUGGGUUUCUCAACAGCAAUUAUCUUUGGUUGGUAACAUUCUGCAGGUUUGUUGGUAAUUGAAGGCUUGAAGCAAUGGAUACUCUUCUGAAACAGCAGCCUCCGAGAAUCACAUCAGAGCGGCAAGAGCUAAUCAACUCCAGGAGCAGACCAGUGACUUCAUUGAGCAGAGUCUCUUGCUGCCAUUAUUCUGAUUCUUUCCUUCGGCUUGAGAAUAGAGAUUCGUUUUCUGCACAGAAUUUUAAGUCGGUUCAAAGUUCGUCGAAAAGAAGGCCAUUCAAUUCAUCUCCAGAAAAGACUAUGCUGGUCUUGAAUACCGGUCUCGGUAGGGUUAGGACUGCCAGUGUUUGUCGAAGAUUCGAUUGCACAGCGUUUUCAAAUUCCUGUUGCAGAAGAUGGUUAACUGGACACAGGUUUGCAGUCAAUUCUGAGUCCUCCAAUCAAGAAAUCGCUGGAUUUCCGAAUCAAAGUAUAGUAGGAGAGAGUAGAAUAUUUCGUGACACACUCAUAUUAUGCCACCAGCGUGAGCCAGCUCUUAGGGCAAGGAGUGCUGCGCUUGGGCACUCACCGUCCGACGAUGAAGACGCCGAUCCUUGCAUUGAGGAGCAGGAUAAUGAGGGUAAUACCACGGAAUCGCUGCCGCCUUCCCAACCUACCAUUUCAUCGUGGGUGCUAAGACUCUGGAAGGUUGACUGGGCGAGGGUGAUUUUUGGGCUUUCCCAUGAUGAAAAACCUUGGACAGUUCCCUGGACGGGUCAAACAAUCUUUCAGGUCAUGUUCUUGUGGUUUGCAGCAUUCUGGUUGGUAGGCUCUUGGAUCAUUCCCAUAGCUGCUCAAGCUGCAGGCUUCAGCAAGCAGAGCUUGACGUACAGGGGACAAGCACUCUACAGCCUCGUCACUGACAUAGCCGAAGGAACGGUGGGAUUGGGUAUUCUCUACAAAUGCCUCACACGGUUUCAUCCUCUUCCAAAUGAGUGGUUUCCUGUUUCUUGGCGGGGCACAUGGUACGUUGAAGCGUGCCUUGGCUGCCUAAUGUUUCCCCUCGUAAAUCGUCUCUCGCAGCUCAACCUCGACAUUCUACCGUUCCCAGCGCCCUUCAACUCGUCACACGUGGAGCAAUCUAUCAUGGCAAGGGACCCAGUUGCGACGCUCUUGUAUGCAGUAGUAGUCUCAGUUUGUGCACCUAUAUGGGAAGAGGUCAUGUUCCGAGGCUUCCUUCUGCCAUCACUCACCCGGUAUUUACCUGUAUGGGGCUCUGUCAUUGUUUCUGUGUAGAGUUUCUUCUCUGGAGCAUCGGUAUUCUCCUGAAUUCUCUCAGCUAAAGCUAUUUGAUGUGCCAACACUUUCUACGUGUUUGUUUCCCGCUGCAAAUCAUGGAUCAUGUCCUGCUCCAGCACUUCGAUCCACCAUUUGCUAUAUGCAGUGAUCCAAAGUGAUGCAGGAUGAUGGAUACAAACCGUCUAAUCUGCGAGGAGCUGCAACGUAAUAAUAUGUUAAGAGCAUGGCAAGUAGUUUUGGAUCUGCAGGUGACGAAAAGCUAACUGUCACCACCUAUAUUUUAUCCCUUAACUGGUACAAAACUCAUCUUCAAAGUUUCUCCACUAUGUCAGAAUUCAUUUCAAACUAUGCAAAAGUGGUGACCUGUGCCUCGGUUGUGGUGGUUUACAUUGAAACAAGUCAGCAAACCAAUGAUGCUUUGCUACCUUGUUAUUUGGUCACAUGGAAACUUGUAGGUGGCAGUGAGAUCCAGUUCGCCAAUGCCUAACCUAUUUGAUAUUUGUCCUUGCAAAAAUACUUCCUAUUUUUGAUGCAACACGAGAAUAAUUGAGUUGGAA